AUGGUUGUCCCUAAGGCUAAAGUACUGGAUGUUCUACAGCUGUACCAUAGUGGUUGUUCAGGAGGCCACCUGGGAGUUAAACGAACUCUACUGAAGAUUCGAGAACGGUUUUACUGGGUCCACUGUCGUGACGAUGUCGAGGACUGGGUCCGCAAAUGUACAAGUUGUGUGGCUGUAAAGGGACCUCAAAUUCGUAGUAGAGGCGCAUUGAAAUUGUACAAUGUUGGUGCACCAUGGGAGAGGAUAGCCAUUGACGUAGCGGGACCAUUUGCGGAAAGUGAAAGUGGUAACAAGUAUUUUAUGGUUGUGACGGAUUACUUCACUAAGUGGCCAGAAGUCUUCGCCAUUCCAAAUCAAGAAGCUUCAACAGUUGCAGAUAAACUAGUUCAUGAAGUCUUCUGUCGUUUUGGAGUACCCUUAGAGAUUCACAGCGAUCAAGGAAGGAAUUUUGAAUCUCAAAUAUUCCAGGAAACUUGCAGAGUUUUGGGUACUCAUAAAACACGAACAACUUCUUACUACCCACAAUCUGAUGGAAUGGUAGAACGAUUUAAUCAUACAUUGGAAAGGUACCUGGCAAAAUUGUGGAAAAACGGCAACGAGACUGGGACAGGCACAUACAACCGUUUUUGUUGUCAUAUCGAAGCGCUGUUCACGAAAGUACAUCAGUGA